UUCUCCUCUAGUAUCGUGUGUCAGAACGAAAAUGAAGUUUUGGGGCUGGAUACAUCAUAAGUCACGGGAGAACAGCAAAGAGCUAUUGAAAGAUGCUACAACUGGUAACAGUCUUUUCCCCCUCUCAGCUCAUCCGUCCCUUGAAAGCCAAGAUGUUUACGCUGGAGCAAGUGCUGGCCCCAGAUACAGUACUGGAAUCAGCAAACAAUUUAAUCUGUUCCAGGAAAGCUCCUUCGCAGGACUUAGUGAAGCCAGAAACAGUGAUUUUUUUCAUGGCUUUCUUGCCAUUGGAACCCUCGGUGGAGAAACAUUUCUGGAUGAACCAGCAACACCGACAUUUGGCAUGUCAUCUGGGGAACCAGCAACAGAUAAUGCAGAAGUGACAGAGAAUGAUCUGAAGCUCAUUAGCAAUGAAUUGGAGAAGUUCCUUGAGGCUGAAGCUAAAGAAGCACACAACCAACCAUCAGGAAGGAACAGCGACACUAAUACUAUUGCAUCCACCAUUGAGGCCGCUGAGGGAGUAGAUGCCGAAGAAGAUGAUCAGCCAAUGAAGUUCCCGCUCCAAGAGUAUCUUUUUGGCUCUCAAAUCGAAUCAUCAGAAACAAAGGUUGCAGGGAAGAAGGAACGGGCAUCACUUGGAGAGCUGUUUCAGGCAACAGAGGUGCAAGAUAAGCAUUCAGAAAACAAGUAUGAGGAGAAAAAGAAGAAAGCCAGUUCAACUCACAAGUCUGCAAAGCAUCUUGUGAAGAAGGUACUGAAAAAGCUUCACCUAUCCUCCAGGAGCCCUGACAGUGGUAAAACUGAAGUAGCUUCCACCAAGAAGAAGUUCCAAAAGAUAGCACAAGUUUUCCAUAGGAAAGUAUAUCCAGAAGACUCCAUAAUGGAAAGCAAAAUAUACAGCAGCAUGACAGAACCAAAAAACAGCAAAGCAAAUUCUACUGGACUAAUGUCCGAGAAGGUGAGACCAUGUCACAAGACAAGUAAAAGAUGGAUCCAAUAUGAGCUAAGAAAUUCACAUUCAUCUGGAAAAGGAGAACACUGGAUCAAAACAGACGAAGACUACUUCGUGUUGGAGCUGUAAGGGAUGAGAAGAAACGCAAAUUAAAAAGUGCGAGUGUGUUAUGUCAGUUCAUGCCUGUGUGAAUCGUGUGGUGUGAUUAUGUAAAAUGUGUUCAAAACAUAGUGGGAAUGUUCGUUAUGCCCUUCUAUGUAAUAAUAAAUAUUCACCGGGUUUUAUAAUUGCAGCAAGAUAUCUCAUAUC